AACCAUGAAGGUGGUAGGAGUCAUUGGAGCUGGGGCAGCGGGUCUCUGUGCUACUCGACACAUCUUGUCCUCAGAGGAGCUGACCCCAAUAGUAUGGGAACAGUCGUUGCAGAUAGGUGGUACAUGGAGGCUCUCGAAAGAUAUUGGGACAGAUAGCAGAGGGUUUCCAGUACACUCAAGCAUGUAUGAGAGCCUGAGGACCAAUUUACCAAAAUUGCUAAUGCAAUUCCCGGAUUUUGACUUUCCAAGUAAGGCAGAAUCUUUUGUUCAUCACACAACUAUUCUCAAAUACCUGGAAGAUUAUGCUGAACACUUCAAUCUUCAUCCAUAUAUUAAACUGGGCCACCAUGUAGAGAAUGUGUCUGUAUUGGAGAGUGACGAAGGGCCUCCAUGCUGGGCUGUUACAGUGAAAGAUCUGUCCACUGAUGUAGUCAGUACUGUCACCUGUGAUGCCUUGCUUGUUUGCAAUGGGCACUUCUCCACACUUCAAAAGCCACUUAUUGAAGGGAUUGAGGAUUUCAAGGGUCGACAAAUUCACAGUCAUGACUAUCGUGAACCAUCACCAUACACAGAUUCCAGAGUUAUAAUCCUUGGUGCUGGGGCCUCUGGGCUGGAUAUUUUAAUGGAAGUAUCUGCUGUUGCCAAGGAGGUACUUCUUUCUCACAACCUGCCAGUUUCCUUCCCUUCUGAGUUUCCUCCAAAUGUCAAACAAGGUUCAGGCAUAAUGAAAGCGUCUGAAAAUGGCUUUUAUCUUAAAGACGGAAGUUUCCAAGAAGCAGAUUGCAUAAUAUACUGCACUGGCUAUAAAUAUACCUUCCCAUUCCUUGAAGAUAAAUGUGGCAUCACAGUUGAGAAUAACCAUGUAAAGCCACUGUACAAACAAAUUAUCAAUGCUUCCUUUCCCACCAUGGGAUUUAUAGGCAUCCCAUCACGUAUCGUUGUGUUCCAACUCAUAAACUACCAGGUACAGUACUUCCUUGCAACCUUAACAGGGAAAACUCGUUUACCAAGGACAGCUGAAAUGAAAUCAGAGAUUGAAGCCUAUGCUGGAGAGAGGAAGAAGCAAGGAUGGAAAGAAAACCAGUACCACAUCUUGCAAAAUGACCAAUUCCAAUACAUGGAAGACCUGGCAACUCUGGCUGGCAUAGAACUGCCUUCUCCACACCUGAAAAAAAUCUGGGAUGUGGUCAUUCCUCGUCUGCUUUUCUCCUUUCCAAACUUCAAGACCUAUGAGUAUUCCCUUGGAGAAGAUGGGGCAUUAGUUGAGAAGUGGGAGGGCGAGGUAGUCAGUACAUCAUGGGACCUUACAAUACUGACGGCUAAACAGAUAUCCCGGCUUCUGUGGCGCAAUUUCCCAAAGAUUGCAUAUAUUCUGGGCUCUGCAAUUCUUAAGAAAUUAAAGGGUUUUGUUGGAUUGUGAUGUUCCAUGCAUAUUUUCAGAGGAAUGGUUAAAUUUUAUGAGUUUAUGUGGGGUAUGUUCUUUUGUAAUUACUGAUGUAGUUUACUUUAGCUGAUUACUUACUGGCCAGAAUGA